AUGAUAACAUCUAGGGUCAUAAGAACAUUACCUGGUAAUGCGAGAUUGUUUGCUCCGGUCUUGGGGUUUCAUUCUUCGUUCAUAAAUAGAGCAUACUCGACUAAAGUCGAAAAGAAGAAGAAGACCCAACAGGCAGAUAUAUCCCAGAUUCCAAUCAAGAGUAUCGGCAUUAUUGCAGAUUUUUAUGUUCCUCCCAAAUACUUGAAGAGUCCUGUUACGUCGUGGCACAAGUUAUUGUUCAGAAGAAUGGGAUUAUUCGCUAUCAAUACUUACAGUAUUGUGAAAUUUAAGAGGGAAACCGGUUUAAAACUUCACUUUAACCAGUGGAAAGACACGGCUGUGGAACAGCUUGUGAAGACUAAUAAGAUUUUUGCUGCAUCGUGUUCGAUUUCCAAUGCAAAGAGGGAAAAGUAUCUCAAAAGUCAGUUAGAAGGAGUCACUGGGGCCGAGGUCACCAAGAGUUUAAUUAGAAGGGCCAGUACAUUUCCACCAAAUUCGAAAUUGGAUUGGGAACUCUUAAAGAUCGAGUCUAACCCAAAGAUCAUUUCUUUCAAUGCGUUACCAGAUGCGGAUAACAUUACUGCGUUGGUUCAGUUUGUUAUUCAAGUUAAAACAAAGCAGAAGUUUACUAUUACCACAAUUAAUAGUAAGCCACAGGUAACGGAGAGCUCAGUUGAAAAUUAUUUGGCUUACACUUUGAAUCCGUUUACGAAUGAGAUGGCGCUCGUUGGAUCGUUAUUUGAAUCUGAUCAUCUUAGAGGUGUGCAACCUGAGAUUAAUUUUACCAAUUCUCAAGUCAUGGCUAGUUUCCAAGUUAGCUGUGCUGAUAUUUUUAGAGCUGCUCCAAAAAAGCAAAUUGAAGCUAAGAAGAAUUAA